AUGCGUUUUACGCCACCGAGGCCGUUGCUUGUGGGCAGGCUGGUGUUCGAGUUGGAUGCGUCACCUGGGCUCGCGAAGACCACGGCGAACUUCCUUGCGCUGUGCACGGGAGAGAAGGGACAGUGCAAGAAUGCACCGAACAAGAAGCUGCAUUACUUGGAUUGUCCGAUACAUCGUGUAGUGAAAGGCUUCGUAGCGCAGGGAGGAGAUGUUACCCGAGGUGAUGGCAGCGGUGGCGAGUCGAUCUACGGUGGAAAGUUCAACGACGAGAGAGAGGGCCUCAAGAGAAAGUUACGCAAGGGCUCGCUCGCGAUGGCCAACUCGGGCAAGAACACCAACACGUCGCAGUUCUUCAUCGUCCUCACUGACGACCAGAGCAAGCUUACCAAGAUGCAAGGGAAGUAUGUUGCGUUCGGAGACCUGAAGGAAGGCUGGGACGUGCUGUCGUCAUUGGAGGAGAUCGGCGACAGCGACGGCAGGCCGCAGCAAGCAGUGUGGAUCGGCGGGUGUGAACGCUGGUAG